AUGGCUCAAUCACCAGUUCCUUGGGAUGAAAACGACGAAGGCAAUUCGAUUUCAGCAGUCAGCUCCAGUGAUUUAAAUGCGUAUGCGAAAGAAUUUGUACCAGGAUUUAUCCCGAAACUUUCGUCUGCUGAACAAAUCAAUGCUGAAAUGGAACAAAAAUAUGCACGAUCGACAACCGCUCCAACGACUACUGCAGAAACGCUCAACGAAACAACAAAAUCUAACACUUCAUCCGUUUCGAAAGGCAAGAAAGCUAUUGCUGUUGUUAAACGAGACAUUGGGAGACAGAAGGAACCGUUGAACAUUCUCUUCUGUGGCCAUGUAGAUGCCGGAAAGUCAACCAUCGCUGGUCAUUUACUGUUCUUGGCUGGUCAAAUUGAUCAACGAACUUUAGAAAAACAUCAAGCAGAAGCUCGUGAGAACUCGCGGGAGUCAGGGGUGCAUGCGUUUGCAACGGAUACUACCGAAGAAGAACGAGCACGCGGUAUAACUGUCGAAGUUGGUCGAGCUUGGUUUGAAACCGAGAGAAAACAUAUCGUUAUUCUUGACGCACCUGGCCAUCGACACUUUGUACCAAAUAUGAUUCUUGGAGCAGCUCAAGCAGACGUUGCCGUAUUGGUCGUAUCAGCACGCAGAGGUGAAUUUGAAACGGGUUUUGAACGUGGUGGUCAAACUCGUGAGCAUACGAUGUUAGUAAAAGCAGCUGGCGUACGUCGUAUGAUUGUUCUAAUCAACAAAAUGGAUGAUUCGACUGUUAACUGGGAUCAAGCACGAUACAAUGAAAUCAAAAAUAAAUUAAUACCUUAUUUGAAAAAGUGCGGUUUUAAAUCGGACGAAGAUAUUACCUUCAUCCCAUGCAGCGGUAUGAAAGGAUCUUUUCUCAAAACGGCUCCUGAGGAGCAAUGUGCUCCUUGGUACACUGGAUCGGCAUUUGCUCAGUAUUUGGAUAGUUUGCCACCGUUCAGUCGUAAUAUCGAUGGUCCAUUUCGUAUGCCGAUAGUUGAAAAGUACAAAGACAUGGGAAUAAUUGUGAUGGGUAAAAUUGAGUCUGGAUGCUGUCGAGUUGGUGAUCAAUGUGUAAUCAUGCCCAACCGGAAUCGUGUGAAAGUAACAAAUAUCUAUUAUGAAGAUAUGGAAACUGAUUUUUGUAUUUGUGGAGAAAAUGUUCGAUUGAAACUGGAGAAUAUUGAUGAAAACAAGAUUUCAUCUGGAUCUGUUCUAUGUAGCACGGAGAGCGAACCAUGCCAUGUUGGAAAACUAUUUGAUGCUGAGAUUGUGGUUGUUGAACACAAAUCAUUCAUAUCUCCUGGCUAUUCGGCAGCUCUUCACAUCUACGGGGCAUCCGUCGAAGUUCAGUUGCAAAAACUAAUCGUUUUAGUGGAUCGGAUGACAGGUGAACGAACACAACCGAAUCCACGUUAUAUUAAACAAGGUCAUGCUGCGAUUGCUCGAUUUCAGUUAUCUCAAUCAGGAAAAGGAAUCUGUAUGGAAUUGUUCAAAAACUUUGCUCCACUUGGUCGAUUUACAUUACGAGAACAAAACGGAACAGUCGCUGUGGGCCACAUUCUCAAAAUAAUUGAAUAA